AUGGGAGGAAUUAUUCACCAUUCUAAUAAUGUAAUAAGUAAAACUAAAGUGGAGAAAAGAGUCAGUGGAACGUCAGGAGAAACAGUAAAUACUUUUCAACAAAACAUUAUUACAAAUAUUCAUACAACCACGGUAGCAGUAGAAAAUUAUAGGAGAGAAAAUAAUGAUUUUAUGUUUCAUAAUGAUCCAUUGAAACAGGAUGAGAAAAUAUUUCAAAAAGAACUUACUAAGACAAAGCUACACAGCUUAUUUGAGACCGUUGAUCAAUUAGACGCGAGUUUAACAUUGUCUCGUAUUUUUGAAUCUGAACAAUGGCUGCGAUAUUCUGCUUUGAAAGCACAAAAAGCUACUAUGAUCGAUGAUCUCAGGAAGGCUAAUAAACUGAAUAAAAAUAUGUUGAAUUUAUUUAGACAAAAUGUAACGGAUAUUCGUAUUGGAAAUGCGGACACGUUACCAGAACCUCUGAAAAGAGAAGUGCAACGGAUUUGGCACAGAAAGUACGACGAUUUGUUGAAGCAAAACGAAAAAUUGAAGAAAGAUAUUGUUACUAUGAACGCAGUCGUUGAAGAAAGGAAUGAGCAGAUAAAUAUACUUGAACGAAAGUUAUUGAAUAUGGGCGAACAUUUAAUAGAACGCGAAGAGGUAAUAAAAAGAGUUUGUACCAAGUAUAUGAAUCUUAAAAAACGUAAGGACGAGGAAGAAGUUUUAUUAAGAGGUUCGAUCGAGACCCUACAGGAUGAGUUGCGAAAGAUACGUAACGCGAAUGUCUCCAGCAAGUCAGGAAUACACCUGUCUUUAGACAAAGAUGCUCAACUGGCCAUGGAAAUACGACGAGGUGAUCGGUUGGUAUACGAGAAUGCACUUUUAAGAGCACAUUUGCAAGAAGCAAAACGUGCAUGCAAAAGUAGUAGAAGUAGCAGUGCCUUGUCUUUACAGAAAUGUUCCUCUGAAAUGUAA